AUUUCAAAAUCAAUCAUUGCAAAUUUCGCUGAGAGCGUAUUCGUGGCCGUUCGAUUCUUCCUUUUUUUUUCUUUUCUUUGAAAAAAAGGGUUAAACUCACCUCAGCUAGCUGAGCUUUCCCACUAACCAAUCGCGCCAAUCCAGCUCCACAUCCUCAAUGGGAAAUCUUGGUCAAGAACAAAAAUUGAAAGCAUCCUUAGCCUUCUACCUUUUUCAUACCACAUGAAUGUUAUUUGAUUUGCGUGUUCAAGGAAAUUACCGGAAGUUACUAACGAGCAUAGUGCCCGUGUACGGUAGUACUGUACCCGCCACACCAAAGGUUAUAGGCUUUACCCAUACUGCAUCAGUCCAUUCAAAAGAGAAAAAAAAUGCUGCAUCAAUCGAAGGAUUGGCGUGCCCAUGGCGCAAGUUCCAAAUGUAUGAAUCGAAAGAAAGAUAUGAAUCCUAUCUUAAUCCAAGCUGAGAAAGCUUUGCACGAAGCAGAAGGUUUUUAAAUGAAUCUCAAAACACCCUUUAGAUCUUUUUCUAAAAAGAACAUUGAGCAUCUUCAACAAAUUACUUAUAUCUCAUAUCCAAAACAUAUUAUAUCUCCAUUACUAAUAAUUAUCUUUGUAUUUUAGGUAAUAGUUGUUGUAGCAGACUACCAAAAUGCAAUCACCAAGAAUAGAGUAGGGGAAAUCCACUCCAUUUAACAGAGACUGAGGUGAAUUUUGAUGAUUAUCAAAAAUUUAUAGGUAAUGGGGAUUGGAUGAUAAUCUGCUGGAGUAUCUCCAUCACUAAAUAUUUAUUUUGUAGUAUUUAGGAAGAGGGAUAUAAGUAAUCUGUUGGUGAUGCUUUACUUGCAUUUUCUCAAGGCUCAAGAGUUAUUGGAAAAUUGAACGUAACAUAUCGUCCUUCAUUCUCAAUGCAUGGUUUUCCCAAAUACGGUAUAAUUGUUUAGUCGGUUCGAAUCAUUAUUUAGCAUUAGGAACCUUGUAAUUACACAAUGACAUAUUCAAUUCAGUCAAACUUUCAGUAGCAAGAAAAAACAAUAGCGAUUGUUGUUAACAUAUAGUUUUUUUUUAAAUUGUUAACAUAUACUAGUUGAAUACGUUUCUGUGGGCUGGGCCGUCUCUCUCUCUCUCUCUCUCUCUCUCUCUCUCUCUCUCUCUCUCUCUCUCUCUCUCUCUCUCUCGUAACAUAUACUGGCCCGCAAAGCUUAAAGCCCAUAGCCCCGGCCCCCUUCGGCUGCCUCUUCUUCUUCCUCGGCCUCACGCACGACAUGGCCGCCGCUCGUUUUCUCGGCACGGCGUCUAGCCGCCUCGAGAGGGUGGUGGGGGCUUUACCGGCCGCCGGCAGCUUGGGCUGCCGCUCCACCUUGCCUGUAGGGAGGGUCCGCCCCUACUUCGUGCGGUCCGUUCCGCCGCCCGGGGGGACGGGGAGGAGGGGAGUAAGGGCGGCGAGGCCCCCGCGCGCCGCGAUGGGCGGCGACCUGUUCGCCCUCGACUUCGACGGCGUCUUAUGCGACAGCUGCGGCGAGAGCUCCCUCUCCGCCGUCAAGGCCGCGAAGGUUAGGUGGCCGUGGGUGUUUGAGCAAGUUGAUUCCGCCAUGGAGGAGUGGAUAGUGGAGCAGAUGUACACCCUCCGUCCAGUGGUGGAAACAGGAUAUGAGAACCUGUUGCUUGUUAGGUUGCUUGUUGAGAUCCAGAUACCAUCAAUUCGGAAAUCAUCAGUUGCAGAUGGGCUUAGCAUCCAAGAUAUAUUGGAGAACUGGUUAAAACUGAAGCCCACACUCAUGGACGAGUGGCAAGAAGAUAGGGAGUCUCUGGUAGAUCUCUUUGGUCGCGUAAGAGAUGACUGGAUUGAAAAUGAUUUAUCUGGCUGGAUAGCUGCUAACAGGUUUUAUACUGGGACAGCUGAUGCAUUAAAGCUUUCAAACUCUGAAGCUUACAUAGUCACAACAAAACAGAGUAGAUUUGCUGAAGCACUACUGAAAGAAUUGGCUGGAAUAGAUUUUCCCUCUGAAAGGAUAUAUGGCCUUGGUACUGGUCCGAAGGUAAAAGUUCUCCAGCAGCUGCAGCAGAUGCCGCAGCACCAAGGCCUAAUGCUUCAUUUCAUUGAGGACCGACUUGCGACUUUGAAGAAUGUGAUCAAAGAACCAGCGCUGGAUAAAUGGAACCUCUACCUGGUGACAUGGGGAUACAACACACCGAAGGAGAGGGAAGAAGCACAAGGUAUCUCAAGGAUCCAGAUGGUUGAUCUCCCAGACUUCAGUAAGAAGCUGAAAUAGGAGGCCAUGGCUUGGGUUGUCCAAACUCCAAACUGUGUCCUACUUUGGUUGAUGUGCUUGCAUUUUUUAUUAAAUGCAUAGCUCACAAAUUUGUGAGCAUGUUCAAUAUCAUCUAAUUUAUCUUAACUGCUCGAUGUUUCUGAUUAUUUGUAUGAUAAUUUUCAGAAUGUUAUAUUUCCUGCGGUCAUGAAAACAUAAUGUUUUUUGUUGACAUCUUAUCAAACUUUUGAAAUACUGACUGUCAUUGUUAUGGGUUUAUUGUAUCAUAUGUAUUCAAAAUUCUUUGAAUAA